AUGAGUGAACAGAUUGCAAGUGACCAGCCUCCAAAGGUCAAAACUGAAAAGGAGUUGGAGAAAGAGCGCAAGAAGGCCGAGAAGCUUGCCAAGUUCAAUGCCAAAAAGGCUAAACAAGACAGUCUGAAGGCUAACCAGACAGCCAACUCCGAGAAGAAGAAGGAGAAGGCCUCUGAGAAGCCAGCCGCCGCUCCUGUUUUUGUUGACCAAACCAAGUCUGGCGAGAAGAAAAUUCUUGUUUCUCUUGAUGACCCUUCAUUGAAGGCGUACAGUCCUAAGAAUAUCGAAUCGUCAUGGUAUGACUGGUGGGUCAAAGAAGGCUUCUUCGAACCCGAGUUCGCAGAGGACGGAAACUACAAGCCAGCUGGGGUUUUCUCCAUCCCAGCACCACCUCCCAAUAUCACCGGUGCUCUUCAUAUUGGUCAUGCUCUUACAAUUGCUAUUCAGGACUCGCUCAUCCGUUACAACAGAAUGAAGGGCAAGACCGUCCUGUUUUUGCCUGGGUUCGACCACGCCGGUAUCGCGACCCAAUCUGUUGUCGAGAAGAAUCUAUGGGCAAAGGAGAAGAAGACCAGAUACGACCUUGGACGUGAAGCUUUUAUCGAGAAGGUUUUUGAAUGGAAGGACGUUUAUCUCAACAGAAUCAAGGGCCAGUUCCUAAAGAUGGGUGCUUCGUACGACUGGAACAGAUCUGCGUUCACUCUUGAUGAGGCUCGUUCAAAGGCUGUUACUGAAGCUUUUGUCCGCUUGUUCGAGGACGGUACUAUCUACCGUGACAACCGUCUUGUGAACUGGUCUGUCAAGUUGAACACUGCGUUGUCCAACUUGGAGGUCGACAAUAAGACCGUCGCAGCAAGAACAUUGCUGUCCGUUCCAGGAUACGAUGAAAAGGUUGAGUUUGGUGUUUUGACCUCGUUUGCUUACGAGGUUGUUAACAGUGACGAGAAGCUCAUUGUGGCCACAACCCGUCCAGAGACCAUUUUCGGUGACACAGCUGUUGCAGUACACCCAAAUGACCCACGUUACAAGCACUUGCACGGCAAGUUUGUCAAGCACGCCUUUUUGGAUCGCCAGAUUCCGAUCAUCACUGAUGAGCUGAAUGUCGACAUGGAGUUCGGUACUGGUGCCGUGAAGAUCACUCCCGGUCAUGACAUGAACGAUUACCAGGUUGGUAAGCGUCACAACUUGGAGUUCAUCAACAUCCUCACUGAUGAUGGUCUCUUGAAUGAGAACUGUGGAAAGUACCAGGGGCUCAAGAGAUUUGAUGCCCGUAAGGUCGUUAUUGAAGAACUGAAGCAGAAGGGUCUUUACAUCGGUCAGGAAGACAACGAGAUGACCUUGCCAAUAUGUUCUCGUUCGGGUGACAUUGUUGAGCCAUACCUAAAGCCACAAUGGUGGGUUUCGCAGAAGAAAAUGGCGGACGCUGCUAUCAAGGCCGUCCGUGAUGGCGAGAUCACCAUCUCUCCAAAGGUCUCCGAAAACGAGUACUUCCGUUGGUUGGAGAACAUCCAGGAUUGGUGUAUAUCUAGACAACUGUGGUGGGGUCACCGCUGUCCUGUCUACUUCGUGAAUAUUGAAGGUGAGGACAAUGACAGAAACGACGGUGCCUUCUGGGUUCCUGGUAGAGAUUUGGCCGAGGCCGAGAAGAAUGCUGCCGAGAAGUUUGCAGGAAAGAAGUACACUCUGGAACAGGAUGAAGAUGUCUUGGACACCUGGUUUUCUUCUGGUUUGUGGCCAUUUUCCACGUUGGGAUGGCCCGAAAAGACCCCAGACAUGAAGACCUUCUACCCAAUGUCCAUGCUGGAAACAGGCUGGGAUAUUCUGUUUUUCUGGGUCACCAGAAUGAUUUUGUUGGGUAUCAAGUUGACUGGUCAAGUGCCAUUCAAGGAGGUGUUCUGCCACUCUCUUGUUCGUGAUGCUCAGGGCCGUAAGAUGUCCAAGUCUCUGGGUAAUGUCAUUGACCCUACUGACGUUAUUAACGGUAUUGCCCUUGAGGAUUUGCACAAGCAGUUGCUCGUUGGUAACUUAGAUCCAAAGGAACUUGUAAAGGCCACAGAGGGUCAAAAGCAAUCGUAUCCAAACGGUAUUCCUGAAUGUGGUACUGAUGCUUUGAGAUUUGCCCUCUGUGCUUACACAACAGGUGGUCGUGAUAUCAACCUGGAUAUUCUACGUGUUGAGGGAUACCGUAAGUUCUGCAACAAGAUGUACCAAGCUACCAAGUUCGUGUUGAUGCGUUUGGGUGACGAUUACGUUCCUCCUGCAACUGGAAAGCUGACCGGUAACGAGUCUCUGGUAGAGAAGUGGAUCCUUCACAAGCUUACCGUCACUUCCAAGAUUGUGAACGAGAGCUUGGAGAAGCGUGAUUUCUUGGAAUCCACGACAGCCAUCUAUAACUUCUGGUUGUACGAGCUCUGUGAUGUGUACAUCGAGAACUCCAAGUACCUGAUCAACGAGGGCACUGAUGCCCAGAAGAAGUCUGCAAGAGACACACUAUACACAUGUAUUGAUGCUGCUUUGAAGCUUAUCCACCCAUUCAUGCCGUUCAUCACCGAAGAGAUGUGGCAGAGAUUGCCUCGCCGUUCUUCUGAAACUUCUCCAACCAUCGUCAAGGCUGCUUAUCCAGUCUACGUUGAGGAGUACUUCAACACGGAGGCCGAGGCUGCUUACGAGCUAGCCCUCGAGAUCACCAAGGGAGCCAGAUCCUUGCUCGCUCAGUACAACAUUGUCAAGAACGGAAAGAUCUUCGUUGAGUCUUCCAAGGAAAGAGUUUUCAACAUUGCUAAGGACCAAGAGUCUUCCAUCGUCUCCCUCAUCAAGGCUGUGAACGAAAUCGAGGUUGUCAGUAACGCUUCCCAAGUUCCAGAUGGUUGUGCUUUGCAAGCCGUUUCGCCAGACUGUAAUGUUCAUGUCUUGGUUAAAGGUGCCAUCGACAUUGAUGCCGAAAUAACCAAGACGAACGGAAAGCUGGGCAAGUUGGAGACCCAACUCCAGUCCAUUGAGAAGACCAUCAACGGUAAGGAUUAUGCAGAGAAGGCCUCGAGUGAUGCCAAAGUACUCAACAAGGAACGUCAUGAAAAGUGCAUUGCAGAGAUUGAUGGAUUGAAGGCUACAAUUGCAAACCUGGAGCGUUUGAAGUUAUAA